AUGAGCAGCGGCACCAACAACAACAACAACAACAAUGCUGCCUUGAUGAUUAAUCCUCCCGACGGUUGGCGUCUUCGAAAUGAUCUGACAGAGGAUGACAUGAUCAAGCUAUUGAAUAUGCGCAACUUUUUGCAACAUGCCGUGUCUGCAGUAGCCGCCAUGCGAACCGGCUUGACCAUCUUUCAGCAGAAUCAAGUCUUUCUUUCUCGAUUCCAGCAACCCCACCGAAACGUGGUGGUGAACCAUGCUUUGCAAGAAAUCAUGACCACAACUUCGAUGCAUUGGCAUUACGUGACCAUUGUUUAUGCAGAAUACUUGAGACUAGGUUUUUGUCCUCCUAGUAAAACGGCUGGUGAUGCUUCAUCAUCAUCAUCAUCUCCUAGUACUACUACCAGCAUUGCUCCUGCUCCUCCUCCUCCUGCAAAGAAAGCAGCAAAAGCAACCGCAAAUCAUCAUGUCCUCUGA